AUGGCAAGCUCAUCAAUCCAUCCUCCUCCUCCACAUGCUUUAGCACAAAUACAAGAAGACCUAAAGUACUUAUAUGCAUCAAAUACUAAUGUUUCUAACUUUGUCUCUGUGAAGCUUUCCAGCGACCACAAUUACCAUCUGUGGAAGACACAGAUGUUUUCCCUCAUGGAGACUUACAAUCUGUAUACUCUGUUGCUGCCGGUACGCUGGAGCGUUAGAGCAGCAAAUGAGAAAUAUGUGGCUAAGCUCAGUGAAAACAGGAAGCAGAAACAUAUCGAAGAUAAAGUUUCAUCAGAAGGGAAUAUCACAAUUUCAUCUGAAAUACAAACCGUCGAGGAAGGCAUAAAACAAAAAGGAAAAAACAAGAUCAUACGCAACAGAAAGUUGCGUCAAGCUAUUACGGAAGGAAAUUGGAGGGAAGUAGAGUCCAAACUAUCAUCGGGUAAAGGCGCAGACACAGAGCAAAUAGACAGUGACGGGAACACCAUGCUUCAUAUAGCGGUUGGAUUACGUCGUAACCGUAUAUUUAGAGAAAUAUUAGAGUUUAUAGAGGAACUAAACUUACCAAUAAUGAGAAAUUUUGAUGGAAACACAGCCCUGCACACAACUGCAAUCGUUGGCAACACAAAAGCAACAACACUCUUGGUAAAAAAAAACAGAAGAUUGUUGGAAAUUCCAGACCAUAAAGGUGAAAUACCUUUGGACAAAGCUUGUGAAAAUAUGCAUCUUGACACCAUCGAAUAUUUGUUGAAAGGUGCGAAUGAUGUUGAUGGAAAAUCCAAGAAAAUGUUUUUUCCUUUAGAGGAUUCUGUUAGCCCUGGUGUAAAAGUAGGCUUUAACCUUCUUGUUAAUGCUGUUACUCAGGGCCGGUCCAUGGGUUUUUAA